AUGAAGUUCACAAAUAUUCUAAUCGGUCUACUUUCUACCCUACCAAGCACCCUAUCAGCGCCUGCAUCCUCCAUAGCUCACAAUGAUGACCCACAAAUGUGCGGCUACGUCCUUACAGCCCAAAACAGCAGUGCCUACGCCGGCAUCUCAGCAUACACAUCUUGCACGCCAAUAUAUUACAACCAAUCUAUCCCCGGAUACCAAACUGCGUUCGCUUACAGCAUAUUUGGCGGGUGCCGAUGCACAUUUCACGGCAGCGAACAGGAUUGUGUAACUGGACAGAAUGCGCCAUUUUAUGAAGGGCCUAUUGGGAAAGUUGGCAAGGAACCCCAUUUCGGCGAGCCGAAGCCCAAGUGGUACAACUGUGAGACGUUGGCCUUGUAG